UGGCGCUGCCUUUGGUUCUUCUGAUUCUUUUGCCUGGUGCUGUUUUUUUGUGUAAUAUAAUUUGUCUAUGAAAACCGCAGUUGUUAUCAAUGCACAUGCGUUUUGCAUACUACUUAAAGGCGCCAAGUGCUAAUUUCCUUUAUGAAACUUUAAAAAUGAAUCGCUAAAUUGCAGUUGCCGUUGCCGUUGUCGCCACUGUCUUUUUUCAUUUGUUUACUCUUUGUCUUCUGUGUUCUUGUUCUACGUGUGUUUGUGUUCCGUGUUGUUCAGCAGCAGCAGCAGCAACCUGCAUAAAUCUGUGUGACGUCACAUACGUCAUACACGACAAGCACGCCCCGUAAAGGAAACGUUGAACUGACCGACCGACUGACUGACUGACAGCACAGCACAGCGGAAUGUGGAAGUGCCACAAGUGCGGCAAACCCGUUUACUUUGCGGAACGUAAACAAUCACUGGGCUACGAUUGGCAUCCGGAAUGUUUGCGUUGCGAGGAGUGCGGCAAGCGCCUUAAUCCGGGCCAGCAUGCAGAGCAUAAAGGAGUGCCUUAUUGUCAUGUGCCCUGCUACGGUGCUUUGUUCGGACCGCAGCUUUUUGGUCACGGCACGCGCGUUGAGUCACACAAGAGCUACGGCGCUAAGGGCGCCCAGAAGCCAGUCGCGGCUCAGGUCAAUGGACCCGCACUGCCACGCGAUCAUUUAGAGUCCAAGCUGAAGUUUUACAAUCAGUUCUAUGACAAUAAAAGCCUCGAGAUACGCAGCCGGGAGGUGAACAAUCGUCUGAUCUUGGAGGGUCAACUGCGCGUCUUUUGGGGCGUGCAGGGCGUCAUUCAUUUGAAGGAGGACGACGAUCAGCGCACGUUUAUUGUGCGCAAGCGCAACUCCUGUCGUACGUCCAAGGCGGCGGAUGAAAGCUGUUCGGAUAAGGAGAACGAAGCCAGCGAAUCAGUGGCGGCUCCUACAACGACCGCCAGCGAGGUGGAUCCGCUUUCCACGGACAUAUCACUGUCGGAGAGCAUGACCUUUGACUCAUGCAGUCUCAAUGAGAUAUCCGAGCUGCCGACAACACCCGAAGAUGCCUCCGCGAAUGCAACAACAACAACAGGCAGUGGACAGCUUCUGAAUGGCCAGUCGAAUGCCAACAAUGACGAUGAGGAGACAACAAAUACGGACUCCUCAAGCACGCUUAUUGGCAGUGGCACAGAUGCCGCCACGGCUAGCACCAGCUGCGUGUCCAGCACAUUGCCCUCCAAAUUGGACAAUUUGGAGAAACUCGACUGGGAUGAUAUUGACGAUCUGUUGCAGGUGGAACGACGGCUGAGCGAUAAGGACAAAAUCUAUGGAACAAUGCCGGUGAAGUUGCCCUCGUCAUCGUCACAAUCAUCAAGCGAGAGUUCACCCAGUAAAACGAACAGUGACAGCAGCUCCUCGACAAACACGCAGAAUAAUCAAAUUAACACUGCCUCAUCACCGACAACGACCACGAAUAACACAACUAGCACCAGCUCAGAUAAUUUUAUGACCGCCACUGACUCCUUGACUGCCAACACCAAUACGCAAAACACAACCACUGUGAGCACCGCCAACACCACACUGGAUGAGUACAAGACAUUGGAUGAUGCGACGUUGAAACCAAUGGAUUUCGAGGAUUUUAAGCGCAGCGUUCAUCAGGAUUAUGUAAAUGGUGCAAACUCCUUUCAGGAGCCUAACGAAGGUACCCUGAAGCGCAAUCAACCUAUCGAUCCCUCGCGCAUCAAUGACUCCCUGAAAUUUUACGGCGAGAACUCGGCCAUGAGCAAAAGCUUUAACUGCGAGCACGCGUUGCGCUCCAUCGAUCCCACACUGAUUAAUGAUACGAUGCAUUUGCGGAGCAGCACCAACUCGCCACGCUCUUCGCAGCGUCAGUAUGCGUUGCAGAAGUGCGGAUCGGCUUUUGCCUCCACAGCGCCCAGUCGGGAACAACAAAAGCCAUAUGAGCCGGGUCGCCAUAUCUUUGAGAAGGGCAUCAAUCGAUCCAAGUCGGGUCCCAGCUGCUUUGUCUACUCGGACAGCGAUGACGACGAUGACGAUACCACACUGCGUCCUCAGCGGUUGGCCACAAUGCGUCGCAGCGAUGUGCCUCAACGUUAUAUACAAAUCCAAAUGAAUUGCUAUCCCAAAGAAGGUGCAGCUCGUUGUGCUGGUGGUGCUGAGAACGAUUCGAGUCGUGCAGAUGCAUCAUCGGUAUUAAGCGGCGCUGUGGCUGGUGACGAGCUCACCCAAACGGAGUCGCUUUACACGGCCACCGAGGGCGGAGGAAGUGCUCAAGCAGAAACGGGUGCCAAUGAUGCGGGCUUGCAUGUCACCGAGGAUGGCGUUGUCUUGAGAAGGCCACCACGCACUGGGGCUGCGGCAAUCAAGCGACGCAGCGGCAACAGGCGUUCCCGUACAAAGCUGAAACGCCGUUGUUCGAUUAAUGGUCACUACUACAAUCGAGAGACGUCGUUCUUUACGCCACCAUAUGGCUCGCAGAUGUCUGUCUGGGUCUCGUCGCUGGUGACUACGCAGGAGGUCAUCAAUUUGGUGCUUGAGAAAUAUAAGGUGGAUAGCGCAGCGGAGAAUUUCUCGCUGUUCAUCGUACGCGACAAUGGCGAGCAGAAGCGCCUGAAGGACAAUGAAUAUCCGCUGAUAACGCGCAUCACGCUCGGUCCGCACGAGGAUGUGGCACGCCUCUUUCUAGUAGAUGCACGCAAAACUGAUGAAAUCAGUAAUGAAGUUGCUCAAUUUUUAAAUCUAUCGGUGCCAGAGUGUCGCGCCAUUUUGGAUCGCUAUGAUCAGGAAUUGGCUCGUGAGGUGGUCAAAAUCAAAGAGAGAUAUGCGGAGCUCAGUCGUCGUAUUGUGGCACGCAUGGAAUCUCUUAAAGUGCAUUUGUAAAUGCCAUCAGAAUCUCCAACUGCAUCAAUUUUUUAUAUAGCCAUAAUGUUAAAGCGGCCAAAAAAGCGACAGCAGCCAAGCAAAUAGUAUUCCUUUUUAAAAUACUGAUUUACUUUUUUUUUCAUGUAGCAUUUAGACAAAAUUACAAAUAGUUUAGGCAAUCUUUUGGCGCCCCAGUGAACAAAGAAGCAGCUGUCUCAAGUCGCAUUUAAUUUGUAUCUUUUAUUUUGUAUUUGAAUUAAUUGUUCCAAACGAAACUAACAAAACAUUAUCAGGCAUUUCCAAUUUAGAAAGCGUUUAAGACUUGUAACUAACCAAAAAAUAAUUAUUAAUCUACCAAACCAUUAUACAACUAAUUUCUUUGUGUUGAAAAUCAAAAUAUGUAUUGUAUAACUAUAUAUAAAACUUUUAAAGCCAUGGCAAACAAAAAAACAAAAAAAAAAAAACCAACAACAAUAAGAAUUAUAAGUAUAUGUAUAGUUUUUAUAGCAUCAAGUGCGAGCACAAAUUUUUUACUGGCCAUUAUAUAAAAUGAAUGAAAGGAAUGGAAUAGCAACAAUAACUACAUGUUACAUACAAUGGACUUGUUGAUUGAAAAUCAUUUGAAUAUCAAAAUAAACUGUAAUGAUUUAACAAAUUUGUUGUUAAUGAAA